AUGUCAGAUAAGAGUGACUUAAAAGCAGAGCUGGAACAAAAACAGAGAUUAGCUCAAAUAAGAGAGGAGAAAAAAAGGAAAGAAGAAGAAAGGAAGAAGAAAGAGGUAAAUCAGAAGAAGGAACCACCCCAGGAAGAUUCUGAUCUGGAUCGCAAGAGAAGAGAGACUGGCUUACUUCAAAGCAUUGGUAUUUCCCCAGAACCUCCUCUAGUCCCAACCCCUAUGUCUCCCUCUCCGAAAUCAGUGAGCACACCCAGUGAAGCUGGAAGUCAAGAUUCGGGAGAGUUGGGGACCUAUAUGGCUAGGACCCUGCAGUGGGACACAGACCCUUCAGUGCUCCAGCUUCAGUCUGACUCUGAACUUGGCCGCCGUCUACACAAGCUUGGAAUCUCCAAGAUCACCCAGGUGGACUUUGCCUCGGGAAGUGGUGUCCUAUUCAAAGAGACUCAGACACGGAUCACGACCCAUUCCACACAAAAGGAUGAGGAAGAUGAUGAAUUGGUGGAAUUGAAAGCUCAAAACGAUGCUGAGAUAGAAACUCAAGAAAAGACACAAGAUGUGAAGGAAGCUCCUCCUAGAGAAUUGACAGAGGAAGAAAAGCAACAGAUUCUACAUUCAGAAGAAUUCCUCAUAUUUUUUGACCGGACAAUACGCGUGAUUGAGCGAGCUCUAGCUGAAGAUUCGGACAUUUUCUUUGACUACAGUGGCCGGGAUGUUGAGGAAAAAGAUGGUGAUGUCCAAGCUGGAGCCAACCUUUCCUUCAGCCGACAGUUUUAUGAUGAGCAUUGGUCUAAACAUCGUGUUGUCACUUGUAUGGAUUGGUCCCUACAGUAUCCUGAGUUGAUGGUUGCUUCAUAUAACAACAAUGAAGAUGCUCCACAUGAACCUGAUGGGGUGGCCUUGGUCUGGAACAUGAAAUUCAAAAAAACAACUCCUGAGUAUGUUUUUCACUGCCAGUCCUCUGUGAUGUCCGUCUGUUUUGCCCGCUUUCAUCCAAACCUAGUUGUUGGAGGAACCUAUUCUGGCCAAAUUGUGCUGUGGGACAACCGUAGCCACAGGAGGACACCAGUUCAGCGUACACCUCUUUCUGCAGCUGCGCACACGCAUCCAGUCUACUGUGUAAAUGUCGUUGGAACACAGAACGCUCACAAUCUCAUUACCGUUUCUACAGAUGGCAAAAUGUGUUCUUGGAGUUUGGAUAUGCUUUCAACUCCACAGGAGAGUAUGGAGCUAGUAUAUAAUAAAUCCAAGCCAGUGGCAGUUACUGGAAUGGCUUUCCCAACUGGAGAUGUUAACAACUUUGUAGUUGGAAGUGAAGAGGGCACUGUCUACACAGCUUGUCGCCAUGGAAGUAAAGCAGGGAUUGGAGAAGUUUUUGAAGGUCACCAGGGCCCAGUGACAGGAAUCAAUUGCCACAUGGCAGUGGGUCCAAUUGAUUUCUCUCAUCUAUUUGUUACAUCAUCAUUUGAUUGGACCGUCAAAUUGUGGACCACAAAGCACAACAAGCCGCUCUACUCCUUUGAAGACAAUGCCGACUAUGUCUACGACGUCAUGUGGUCCCCCGUGCACCCCGCGCUCUUCGCCUGCGUCGACGGGAUGGGCCGAUUGGAUCUCUGGAACCUGAAUAAUGACACCGAGGUUCCAACAGCUAGUGUGACCAUUGAAGGAGCUGCUGCCCUCAACCGUGUCCGUUGGAGUCAGGCUGGGAAAGAAGUAGCAGUUGGCGACUCUGAAGGACGGAUCUGGAUUUAUGAUGUUGGAGAGCUUGCUGUGCCUCACAGUGAUGAAUGGACUCGCUUUGCACGCACUUUGGUAGAGAUCAGGGCCAACAGAGCUGACAGUGAAGAAGGCAACAUGGAAAUAGCUGCUUAGAAGAAAGCCUAGUCCUUCCCUCUUAUCUGUUGAUGAAACCUUCAUUGAGCAUUAGUUCAGUACACUGUUGAUAGCAGUGUUCCUGCCAGCAUUACUCAUCAGGCUCUUUCUUACUAAUCAUGCUGAGCUUAGUAGUCUGGAAGUAUUAUUUCAUCUCAUAUUUCUUCUAGUUAUAAAUAAGAAAAAAAAUGCAAGGGAAUUAU